AUGUUGGGAAGAGCUCACAAUGCUUUCGAGGCCAAGCCGCCACAGCCUCGGAUCCCCCCUUUAGCGAAACAACUUUUCCCAUCGAGCAGCCCGGUUCAACAUGCCAAUAUCCAAGACUCUUUCAAGAGGACGAGUCAGCCAAGUCACAAAUCCGACACACCAGUGUCUUCAAUUCCACAUCAAAAAGGUGCUUCAGUGACUAGCUUGACUGCAUCUCGUCCCAAAGCGCCUUCGAAAGUUCCGAUGGCCUCCCUAUACAACCAACCCGAUUCUUUUCAAGACAGCCCAGAUGAUCUUGUCGAGAUUGGCAGCCGAGCCAAAACAGCUGUUGCGACAGAGGUUCUCUUCUUUGAAGAUGAUUUUAGCGACGACACAGACCUCGACCUCGAUUACCAAGAGCCUACAAAGCUACCCCUACCCCCACCGACGAUCAGCCAGAAGCCUUCGAACGAAAUCCAUGAGACUACCAUACCUUUCUCUUCACGCUCAGAGAAUAUUGUUCCAUGGUCUUCCUCACCGCCCUCUCAUAUGCUGCCGUCCCAUUCACUUUCGACCCGAAUUGCGCUUAGUACAAGAACUAGCAAACGCUCGUCACUCGGAGAGGCGGAGUUGCCGCCUCCGAAGAAGCGGAGUUUGCCCAGGGACUGGACAGCGCAACCUCGCGAUGAUAGCAAGCUUGGGCUGCAUGGCGAAUCCACCCCAGCGCGAAAGAUAAAAGAUCCCAUGCCCUGGAAUACGACUGCCAGUGCCGUAAAGGCUCAAAAGAAGCAUCACAAGGACACUCUCAAGAGGUCUGGGACAAAUGAAGAAUAUACCAUGGAGGAAGUGCGUGCUGUGACGGCAAUGGAUUCCGAGCGUGUCAAGGGUAUUAGUCUCAGCAAAGAACAGGAACGCGUGCAGGACCUUGUUGUAAACAAAGGUCAGAGCGUCUUCUUCACCGGGCCAGCUGGUACCGGAAAGUCGGUUUUGAUGCGAUCAAUUGUUGCGGAGCUCAGAAAGAAGUUCGCCAAGGACCCGGAACGAUUGGCGGUCACCGCUUCAACUGGCCUCGCAGCUUGCAACAUUGGCGGCCAGACACUCCACAGCUUUUCUGGCAUAGGGCUUGGCAAGGAGGAAGUUCCUGUCCUUGUCAAAAAGAUCAGGAGGAAUCCCAAGGCGAAGAAUCGCUGGCUGAGGACAAAGGUGUUGAUCUUAGACGAGGUCUCAAUGGUAGAUGGAGAUCUUUUCGACAAGCUGUCAGCCAUUGGCAGGCAGCUUCGCAACAAUGGUCGACCCUGGGGUGGCAUUCAACUAGUCAUCACGGGCGACUUUUUCCAGCUACCGCCUGUGCCGGAUACGGGUGGUGGGAAGAGGGAAUCCAAGUUCGCCUUCGAUGCCGCCACCUGGAACACCUCGAUCGAUCAUACAAUCGGCCUCACACAGGUCUUCCGCCAAAAAGACCCAGUGUUUGCAGGCAUGCUUAACGAAAUGCGCCUAGGCGUCAUCACGGACGAAACAGUACGAGCCUUCAAGGCCCUCUCGAGACCUAUUAUGUCAAACGAUGACCUCGACUUGGAAACAACAGAGCUCUUCCCGACAAGACAGGAAGUUGAAGGAUCCAAUCAGACUCGACUACGAAAUCUCCCUGGUAAGGCUAAGCGGUACGACGCGCACGAAACUGGCGACCCACAGCUUCGGGAGAAACUUCUGGCGAAUGUCAUGGCACCAAAAAGCAUUGAGCUGAAGGUGGGAGCUCAGGUGAUGCUGGUCAAGAAUAUGGAUGAGACGCUUGUCAACGGUUCACUUGGAAGGGUCCGAGGUUUCAUGACCGAGUCCAUGUUCGAACUAAAGAACGACACUGCCUUCGGAACAGACGACGAGGGUGCGCCUGAUGCAAAGGUGCAGAACAGGAUCAAGGCCUUCACCCGCGAACUCGAGGAAAGCAGGACGGGCGCCACGGAAUAUCCUGUUGUAGAGUUCUCCGCUUCGGACGGUACGCACAGAACCAUACUCUGCAUUGGUGAAGAGUACAAAGUUGAGAACGCCGCUGGUGAAGUCCAAGCCUGCCGUCGACAGAUCCCGCUUAUAUUGGCCUGGGCGCUUUCAAUACACAAGGCACAAGGGCAGACACUAGAAAGAGUUAAGGUCGACCUUGGCAAGGUAUUCGAGAAGGGCCAGGCAUAUGUAGCUCUCAGUCGAGCCACCACGCAACAGGGUCUUCAGGUGCUGCGGUUCGAGAAGCACAAGGUAAUGGCUCAUCCUCGGGUCGUCAACUUUUACAACAACUUGUACAGCAUCGAUGAGGCGAUGGCAAAGAAGCCUGCUGUUACCGUGGCCAGUAUUUUCUCUGCUCCUAAAGCCAAGGAGCUUGGAAGCCGAUCGACUUUUCAGACCAAUAUCAGGCCCACUGUCCAGAAGCCCAUACCAAGGGCGGUGGGAAGUGCAAGGGCACCCAUCACUCUCGGUGAUGAUGAUGAUGACGAGGAUGCCAUGGCUGAGGUUUAUGGGCAUUGACACGCUUUUCUUUUCUUUUGUCGCUUGGUAUGCAUAAUAGUUGGCGUUACUUUGUGUUCCUGCUGGCUGUUGCAUCGGGUAUGUGACUAGCUAGAUGGGCACAGUACAAAACUCUCACUUACUUUGUAGUCGCCAGCAUUCUGGUUUGAUGAUGGUACACAUCGGAAACGGAGGGAAGGAUUGGCUUGCUAUGUACUCGUUCUCCCAAGUUCAGGUAUAACGGAUGCGCCUGAUGAUGACCAAUGUUGUUUAUC